AUGAACACGGCCGAGUUUCGCCACCGCGGCAAGCAGAUGGUGGAGUACAUUGCCGCGUACAUGGAGACGAUUGCGAAGCGUCGCGUGACGCCCAACGUGGAGCCGGGCUACCUGCGCAGCUACCUUCCCGAGUCGGCGCCCCUCAAGGCCGAGUCCUGGGACAGCAUCAUGGAGGACUUUGAGCAGUACAUCAUGCCGGGGGUGACGCACUGGCAGCACCCGCGAUUUCACGCUUACUUCCCCGCGGGAAACAGUUACCCCUCGAUUCUGGCGGACAUGCUCUCCGAUGGCAUCGGCUGUGUGGGCUUCUCUUGGGCGGCCAGUCCAGUGUGCACCGAGCUGGAGAUCAUCAUGCUCGACUGGGUGGGACAGAUGAUCGGCCUGCCGGAGCAGUUUCUCUGCUUUGCCGACCCCAACAGCAAGGGCGGUGGGGUGAUUCAGGGCUCUGCCAGCGACUGUGUGCUGGUCUGUUUGCUGGCCGCCCGCUGUGCCGCGCUGAAGGAGCUGAAGAAGGCGGAACCGGGGGCGGAUGACGCCGCGCUGAUGUCCAAGCUGGUGGGCUACUGCUCCAAAGAGGCCCACUCUUGCGCUGAGAAGGCCGCGAUGAUUGCCCUGGUGAAGCUGCGCAUCCUCGACACUGACGAGAACUUUUCACUGCGCGGUGAGCCGCUGAAGCGAGCGAUGGAGGAGGACAAGGCCAACGGCCUGGUGCCCUUCUUUGUCUCGGCCACGCUGGGCACCACCUCCUGCUGCUCCUUUGAUGCCCUCCACGAGAUUGGCCCCAUCUGUGAGGCUGAAGGGGGAGUUUGGCUGCACGUGGACGCCGCCUACGCCGGCAACGCCUUCAUCUGUCCGGAGUUUCGGUACCUGAUGCGAGGCAUUGAGUACGCCAGCAGCUUCAAUGAGAAUCCCAACAAGUGGGCACUGGUCAACUUUGACUGUUCACUGCUCUGGGUAAAGGACCGCUUCAAGCUGACGCAGGCGCUGGUGGUGGAUCCGCUGUACCUGCAGCACAGCUACUCGGAGCGGGCCAUUGACUAUCGGCACUGGGGUAUUCCGCUGAGUCGCCGCUUUCGCUCACUCAAACUGUGGUUCGUCAUUCGCAACUACGGCAUCGAGGGACUGCAGAAGUACAUUCGGGAGCACGUCCGCCUGGCCAAGCGCUUUGAGAAACUGAUUCGCCAGGACGACCGCUUUGAGGUGAUGAACCAGGUGAAGCUGGGCCUGGUGUGCUUUCGACUCAAGGGCUCUGACGUGAUGAACCAGAAGUUCCUCUCGUCGAUCAACGCCUCCGGGAAGCUGCACAUGGUGCCCGCCUCGCUGGACGGCCACUACGUCAUCCGCUUCUGCGUCUGUGCACAGAACGCCGCCAAUGCGGACAUUGACACCGCCUACCGGGUGAUCGCCCAGUUCGCCACUGACCUCUUUGAGAUUCUCGAGCUGGAGAAGCGGAAGAACGCCGAGCAGAACCGCGAGGAGACGAAGGAGAGCGAGGACAAUGAGGCCGCCGAUGAGGUGUUCAUGCUGGACCGGAAGCGGCAGAUGAGCCUCCGCUACAAGCGCAGCUUCUUCGUCCGCAUGGUCUCCGAUCCGAAGCUGUACAAUCCGAAGAUUGUCAAGGCGCUGAACAGCUCCACCAGCUCGCUCGAUGAUAAGAGUCAGCAGCAGAUGCAACAACAACAACAACAGCAUAAGCAGUCGCAAAGACAUGCCAGUGAAUAUGAGCCGGCACCGACGCCUGCUGCUGCUGCUGCUCCCACCUCUUCAGCUCCACCAGCAACACCUUCGAGGGCCAACUGA